AUGGGUAUGAGGUCAUGUUAUGUAAAGGUUCAGAUGGGUGGGUAUGAGAUCACAUUAUGCAAAGGUUCAGAUGGUUAUGAGGUCAUGUUAUGUAAUGGGGUAAAGGUUCUGAUGGGUAUGAGGUCAUGUUAUGUAAAGGUUCAGAUGGGUAUGAGGUCAUGUUAUGUAAAGGUUCAGAUGGGUAUGAGAUCACAUUAUGCAAAGGUUCAUAUGGGUAUGAGGUCACGUUAUGUAAAGGUUCAGAUGGGUGGGUAUGAGGUCACAUUAUGCAAAGGUUCAGAUGGUUAUGAGGUCAUGUUAUGUAACAGGGUAAAGGUUCAGAUGGGUAUGAGGUCACAUUAUGCAAAGGUUCAUAUGGGUAUGAGGUCACGUUAUGUAAAGGUUCAGAUGGGUGGGUAUGAGGUCACAUUAUGCAAAGGUUCAGAUGGUUAUGAGGUCAUGUUAUGUAACAGGAUAAAGGUUCAGAUGGGUAUGAGAUCACAUUAUGCAAAGGUUCAUAUGGGUAUGAGGUCACGUUAUGUAAAGGUUCAGAUGGGUGGAGGUUCAGAUGGGUAUGAGGUCAUGUUAUGUAAAGGUUCAGAUGGGUAUGAGGUCACAUUAUGCAAAGGUUCAGAUGGGCAUGAGGUCACAUUAUGUAAAGGUUCAGAUGGGUAUGAGGUCAUGUUAUGUAAAGGUUCAGAUGGGUAUGAGGCCACAUUAUGCAAAGGUUCAGAUGGUUAUGAGGUCACAUUAUGCAAAGGUUCAGAUGGGUAUGAGUUCACAUUAUGCAAAGGUUCAGAUGGAGAUAUGUUCAGAAACGGAAUCGCCGCCAUUCCUGAUUUUAGUUCCUUUUCAACACACUACGGAUCAGGCUGGUUAGAACGCAUUGUGAUACGCGAAAACAGCCAAAUCACAGAAAUUCGAGAAAGCAGUUUUUCUGGAGUCAAAACACUGGAACUCCGUCUAAAAGGAAGUAAACUUGGUUCCAUUCGCAAUGGCGCUUUCUUCAAUGCAAGCAUAUAUAAAUUAGAUCUUUUAGACAACAUACGUCUCACAGUUCUAGAGGAUAAUGCUUUUAAGGGAAUCAGUGGACUAAAGCAUUUAGAUCUUUCGAAUACUGCAAUCAAGAAACUUCCCACCAAUGGUCUGACAAAUAUAGAAACUCUUGUCAUUCGCGAAACAAAAACGCUUCGAUCAUUCCCAGCUGUUGUUCGAUUUAACAAGCUAAUUCGAGCAAAGUUAACAUAUCCACAUCACUGUUGUGCAUUCAAAAAUCCAGAAAAACAAUACCCAGCAGAAUGGGAUGACUUCCGGCGGCGUGUAGAGGCCGAGUGCGCCAGAACUACUACAAGUCUCUUUACUGGAGGGACAUCAACUACUCCCAGCCCUUUUGGAAAGUUCCCACAACAGAAGUUGACUAGAAGAAGAUCCAAACGAGGCUUUUACGUCGAUGAAUUGGCCAAUCAAAACAUUCCUUACAUCUUGCAAAACGAGUCUGUUCGCAAAUGGUCAAAUUUUGGUGAUAGUGCUAUGGGUAAUGGAAAUGGAUUUGGAAAUAUCGUGAAUUCGUCAGAGAUUGGGGAAAACACAUUAGACAGGCCAACUCAGGGAGGAAGUUUUGUAACUUUCACUAUACCAACCAAUUCUACAGGGUAUCAGUCACAAGUAUUAUGUGGAGAGGUAGUCUUCAUGCACCGAAAAGUAGAAUGUACUCCUGUACCGGAUGCUUUUAAUCCUUGCGAGGAUGUGAUGGGUUCCGAAUGGCUUCGCAUAUUUGUCUGGCUGGUUGUCUGGGCUACACUUAUUGGCAAUAUCAUCGUCUUAGUUGUUCUACUAUCUAAUCAUAAGAAAAUGACUGUCACAAAGUUCCUUAUGUGUAAUUUAGCCUUUGCAGAUUUUCUUAUGGGAGUUUAUCUGUUACUUUUGGCAGCCAUCGAUAUCCAUACACUUGGCGAAUACUUUAACUUUGCAAUAGCUUGGCAAAAUGAAGGUGGAUGCCAAGCAGCAGGUUUUUUAACUGUAUUUUCCUCAGAGCUGUCGAUCUUUGCACUAACUGUUAUAACGCUAGAGAGAUGGUACGCCAUCAGUCAUGCAAUGCACCUUACAAAGCGAUUAAAGCUUCGACAAUCGUGUGUUGUCAUGGCGGCUGGGUGGUUAUAUGCUGUACUAAUGGCCGUCUUGCCUUUGGUCGGCAUCAAUGGAUACGGUAAUGUAAGCGUCUGUUUACCUAUGGACAUUACAAAAACAGGAGACGUUGUUUACGUCAUUUCUCUCCUGGUGUUGAACGGUUUAGCUUUUAUUGUUAUUUGUAUGUGUUAUAUCAAUAUGUAUUGUCGUGUUCGAGGAAAUGACUCUACACUGCAUAGUUCUGAUACCAGAAUUGCCAAACGGAUGGCAACACUUAUUUUCACGAAUUUCAUUUGCUGGGCGCCAAUUGCUUUUUUCGGAAUAACCGCGGCAGCGGGCUGGCCACUUAUUGAUGUGUCCAAUUCUAAAAUCCUCCUCGUUUUUUUCUACCCUUUAAAUUCGUGUGCGAAUCCAUAUUUGUAUGUUAUAAUCACUAAGCAGUUCCGGAAAGAUACCAUUUUGUUGCUUGCAAAAUAUGGGAUCUGUACAGAGAGAGCAAAUCGGUGCAAAGGAACAGUUACCAAUUCCAAAACAUUGACGCAUUCUAGGAAGAAUAGUCUAGCUGUACAUUCCGUGAUUCAUCCAGCCAAUAACACCUUGACACACACUAGUGACGUCACCAUUAAAGAAAAUGGCGUCUCUCAUGAACAAAAUAGUCACGAACUGAACGUCAUUGAACAAAAUUCACCAAUUAAAGAAAAAAAUAUAAGAAUGUUAUGGAAAAUGCAGCGUUCUUUUUCCAAUUCCAUUUCUAGCGAAAAUCAAACAGAGCGAAAAUUAGAUAAUCUGCCGUUUUAUGAUAUGUGCAAUAAUGCAGACCUCUUACAAGAAGAGGACGAUUCUUUAGCCAGCACAGCGAUAGGCUUUCAUGAUCAGGAUCAGUCGUGUUCCCAAGAAUCUCUCCCCGAAAGCAACCACCACACUUGCCCAGAAUCAAAAACUAACUGUAGUCUAAAUUCACAAUCCCCAAAACUCGAGACCGAUUCAAAUAAACCAGAACAUGUAUCAUCUAUUGAUGAUCUUCAGGCUGGACAUUCCAGCGACAGUGUUUCUGUAGAAACGUCAAAGUAUUUAGACUGUUAUAAAUCGCUUGUAGCUAGAAAUUCCUCCAGCUUAAUAAAACCAGAUGAUCAUUUAUCGCGAAAAUCCUCGAUCGCCAGUACCAUGAGUCAGUACGAUGAAAAAAGUGCUUUGUAUAAUGGAGUAGAACACAGAUAGUUUAUAAAACAGAUUUAUCCAAUAUUUGUAGGGGUCUGACACACUUCACACUAAUUUGUCGAUGUUUUGUGUGUAUAGACAUAAUUUGUGUUAAAUCAUCUUGUAUGUACAUGUACAUUGAUUGGUAUUGAAAUAUUGGAAGGCACAACCUUAUAUACAUUGAUUAUGUAAAGUGGAAAAUGUUUCUCCUUGUACAAUUAUCAUAUAAUUACCCAAGAGAUAUUUAUGACACAUUGCAUGUUGUUACAGUAUUGGCAGGUUAUUCUGCCUCCUUCAACAGGGGGAUGCAUAUUGGUUCUAUUUGUGCAGUCAUAAGAUCGUGUCUGGACCAUAUAGCUAUCGGACCCUUGAUUGGAAUUUUAUUCAAACUUAAUUAAGUGUGUUGUUGCUGAUGACCUAACGAUAAGCUAUAUCUUUGACUCAAGGUCAUAUCUCAAAGGUCAAGGUCACUGGCAAUUAUUUAUUUAUUUGUGUGGGUCAUAAUCUCGGUAUGUCAUUGCUGAUAAGAAAAAUGUGUGCCAUGUCCUUGACUCAAGGUCACCUCCCAAAGGUGAAGGACACUGAGCAAUGAGAAGUAGAAAUUUUGAUUUUUAAAAUUCUGUGACUAUAUAUGAACUGUUUAUAAAAUUUUAUUCAGUACUUUAUAUGUUGUUAUAAUAAUUGAAUUAGAUAUGUUUUAUAUUGGUGUCAAUAAUU